AUGGGCAUUCAAGUGAUUCUCGUCUCCGGCCGAUCUGGGGUGGGAAAGACCUCCGUCGCCAAUGAAAUAUCUGAGCAGCUGCGAAACCGUAAUAGCCCUCACGCUCAUAUCGACGGCGACAACUUGGACAUGAUCUGUCCCGAGGAAGAGGGAUCCGACCUGAUGCUGAGCAAUCUUGCGGCUAUGUGGGGGAACUACUACUCCAAGCGAGGCUGCAAAAAGCUGAUUCUCUCCGGAACGGCCAUGGUGCUUGAGCAUGAAGUUAUUCGAGAGACGCUUGAACGAGUCAUGCGGGACUCAACGCAACCGACGAGCCCGGACGACGCCACCGUUGAUAUAAAAGGCUUUAUUCUAACGUCGCCAGAUGACGUGAUUAAAGACAGACUCAAAAGGAGGGAAAUAGGUAGCCUCCUAGAGCAGCACUUGCACCGGAGCCAGAAAAUGGCUGCUGUGCUGGAGAACGAGGUGGGCGAUUGGGCCUGCUGUGUCCCAACGGACGGCCGAACAGUCCAAGAUAUUGCUAUGGAGGUGUUGGUUCGUGCACAGUGGCGAUGAGAGCAUAUCCGUGUAAUCCUAGAGGUUUUCCUCGGAUGAUGGUGUUUGAACAAAUACCAUGUCCCUGGUGCAGAGACAAUUUAGCCACCGAAAAGGAACAUCAGAC